ACCAUUGACAAGUAAGCAAUUGGCUCUGGACUACUUAACGUGUGAAUCAAUUCAUGUAGUUCCUUUCUACCUACAUUGCAUUAACCCUUGUACUCGUCCUUCCCGCGUGGUUCGGAACUGGAAGAUUAAAAAGCUUCCUAUUUGUUACAAGGGUGGUCCAGAAUUUGGUAUUUUCCCUCUUGAUUAAUUUUCCUGCAUUUCCAUCGUUAGUUAUUCGCAAGGUUUACAGAUCUAGUGUUAAUCUAUCUUCAGUUCUCAGUUCUCAGUUCUAGUGUUGUGAAAAUUUACAGAUCUCGUAUUAAUCCAUUUUCAGUUCUCAGUUCUUUGUUCUAGUGUUUGUGAAAAUUUUGGGGAGUGGAGAUGGCAGAUGCUCUUCUUUCAGCCGUUCUAAACACCAUCUUGGAGAACAUAAACUCCCUGUGGCUUGAAGAGUUUGGGAUCACAGGGGGAUUGAAAACCGAGCUUGAGAGUCUGCAGAGCACCUUAAGUACGAUCCAAGCGGUACUUCUUGAUGCAGAGGAGAAGCAGUGGAAGAGUGAGGCUAUCAAGAAUUGGCUGGGAAAACUCAAAGAUACGGCUUAUCAUCUAGAUGAUAUACUAGAUGAGUUUGCAACAAACACUCAAAAAGAAAGGCUGCAGAGAGAUGCUAGAAGCCAGGUAUGCACCUUCCAUUACCUUCCUAAACAGCUUUUAUUUCGCUCAAAGAUGGCGCAUAAGUUGAAGGAUGUUAGAGAAAAAUUGGAUGCAGUUGCUGGGGAGAGAUCCAAGUUCCAUUUGAGAGAAGGGAUGGAGCCCUUGGAGGACAGAGAAGUGAGUGAUACAGAGUGGAGAAAAACUAGCUCACUUGUAAAUGAAUUAGAGGUGUAUGGAAGAGAUAAGGAGCUGGAUAGAAUAAUCAAUAUGCUGUUGAACAAUUUAGCAGAUCAGGAUGGGAUUUCUGUUUACACUAUAUGUGGCAUGGGAGGACUCGGAAAGACAACACUUGCUCAAUUGGUUUAUAAUGAUGAAAGCAUAAGAAAGGCUUUUGAUUUGAGAAUUUGGGUAUGUGUAUCCGAUGAUUUUGAUAUUACAAGAUUAACAAAAGCCAUUAUAGAGUCCAUUGAAGGAAAGUGCAGUAUAGAAGAACUAGAUCCCCUGCUAAGACACCUACAAGAAAAACUAAUUGGGAAAAGGUUUUUGCUUGUAUUGGAUGAUGUGUGGAAUGAAUAUCACGAAAAGUGGGAAGGAUUGAAGGAAGCAUUUAGAUGCGGUGCGAAAGGAAGCACAGUUAUAGUCACUACCCGUAUCGAGAAAGUUGCCCUUAUGAUGACAACUACUCCUAUACACCACUUGGGAAGCUUGUCCUGUGAUGAUUCUUGGUCCUUAUUCAAGCAGCGUGCGUUUAGGAUGGGAAAGAGCGAGGAUUACCCACACUUAGAAGCACUUGGAAAGGAAAUAGUUAAGAAGUGUGGGGGGGUGCCCUUAGCACUAAAGGCUUUGGGAGGUUUGUUGCGUUUCAAAGAAAGAGAGAGUGAGUGGCUAUCGAUCAAAGAAAGCGAGAUGUGGGAAUUGGCAGAUGAGGGGAGCAAAGUCUUAUCUGUGUUGAAUUUGAGUUACAGACGUCUAAAACCGCAUUUGAGACAAUGUUUUACAUUUUGCUCUAUAUUUCCCAAAGAUUAUAUCAUGAGUAAAGAGCAGUUGAUACAACUUUGGAUGGCUAAUGGCUUUGUUCCUGCAAGAGGACAAAUGAAUUUGCAUGACAUGGGCUGUGAAAUCUUCAAUGAAUUAGCUUGGAGGUCCUUUUUCCAAGAACUCGUGGAGGAUUUUGAAGGAAAUUCAACAUGUAAAAUGCAUGACCUUAUCCAUGAUCUUGCACAAUCAAUUAUGAGUUGCGAGUGCUCUGUGACUGAACCAAGUCAGCUAGUGUUGACUGCGCCCAAAACAGUUCGUCACAUGUUUGCUUCUGGUAAUUCGUCUAUAUUUGCUCCUUCAAAUGUGGACAACCUACCCAAAGUCUGUUCCUUGCGCACAUUGUUUGUACGUAACAACUUCCAUUGGAGAAUUGCAACUAAACAGAAGCAUCUGAGGGCAUUACACGUUACAUUUAAUGGAGGAAUGAAAAUCUCAAUUGAUGAUAAGUUCAGACAUCUAAGGUAUCUGAGCCUUGUUAAUUCUGGAAUUGAAACACUGCCAGAAUCACUAUGCAGCUUCCAAAAAUUGCAGACACUAAAUCUGAUAUGUUGUUAUCACCUUCGCAAAUUACCCAAAGGUUUGAAGCUCUUGAAAAGUCUUACAUAUUUAGACAUAAAAUAUUGUAAUGCACUUACUCGUAUGCCUGUUGGCCUGGGGCAAUUGUCUUGCUUGCGUAGGCUGAGCAUGUUCAUUGUGGGAAAGGACCGUGGUUGCUGUAUAGACGAAUUAAAAGGGCUGGCUCUUGAGGGAGAGCUUUGCAUUGAAGAACUUGAUAAUGUAAAAAGUUUAAUAGAUGCUAAAAGUGCCAAUCUGAUAAUGAAGCAAAAUCUAAGAUCACUAGGCUUAUCUUGGCGCAAAAUCGACAAUUGUUACCUACAUGAAAAUGCUGAAGAGGUUCUUAGUGGUCUCCAACCUCAUUCAAGUUUGAAGACGCUAAGCAUACGAAAUUACCAUGGUCCAAAGUUUUCAUAUUGGUUGAUGGAUCUCCUUGUUCCAAACCUAGUUGACAUCACACUGGUAAAUUGUGAAAGAUGUGAAUGCCUUCCACCUCUUGGUAAAUUAGGCUUCCUCAAGUCCCUCACCAUUACUGGAAUGGAUGCUCUAAAAUCUAUUGAUAAUAGCUUCUAUGGAGAUGGCGAGAGUUCAUUCUCGUCACUGGAGAGUCUCUGUUUCGAGAAUAUGCUUUCUUUCGAGGAAUGGACAACAGUGAAGGGGAAGGAAAAUUUUCCUCAGCUAAGAUCAUUAGUUAUUAGAGAUUGUCCGAAGCUAGUUGAAAUGCCUAUGCUUCAAUCUCUGAAAAUAUUAGAAAUUAGCAAAACCAGCGUCUCAUUACUUAGCUCCGUGAUGCAUUUCACUUUUCUCACCUCUCUCUUACUGGGCGGCUUUGAUGGCUUGACGGUUAUGCCAGAUGGACUAUUGCAAAAUCACAAGCACCUUGAAAGCUUGGAGAUACGUUUUAAAAAGCUGAAAUCUCUAUCAAAUCUUCUAGAUAACCUAUCUGCUCUCGAGCAAUUGGAUCUUCAGGACUGCCUAGAGCUUGAAAAUAUUCCAGCAGGACUAGAAAACCUCAGCUCUUUGGAGAGAUUGCAUUUAAGUGAGUGUAACAGCCUUGUAACCCUUCCAGAAGAUGGAUUGCGUGGUUUAUCUUCCCUUUCUUCGCUGUGGUUUCAAGGGUGUCAGAAAUUAGCCUCUUUAUCUGAUGGAGUGAGAUAUCUGACUUCGCUCCGAGACUUACUCGUCAAUGAUUGUCCAGAGUUAAACUCAUUGCCCGAGUGUAUCCAACAUCUCUCUGCACUUCGGAGUUUGAGGAUUUGGCAUUGUGAGAGAUUAACUUCUCUGCCAAAUGGGAUAGAAAACCUUGCCUUGCUUUCAGAAUUGGAGAUCAUGCGUUGCGAUAAUCUAAUGUGUCUGCCUCAAGGGCUACAGAGUCUCACGGCACUCACAAUACUGAGGAUUGUAGGAUGCCGACAUCUGGAAAGGCGGUGCAGGAGAGAGAGAGGAGAGGAUUGGCCCAUCAUAGCCCACAUUCCUUCUAUUGUAAUCAUGUCCCGUGGAGAGUACUUUUUUCGAGGACGAAGAAGGCCUCUUGGCAAUCUGUUAACAAGGGUUGGUGAUUGGACAAAUGGGCUCUCCAGAAAGUUUUGGAAAUCUUAGCCCAAUGUAUGAAUAACAUGGAAGAAACCUGAUGGGUGAGAUGAAUUUCACAAUGGUGUGGAGUACCAGAGUUGUGAAAUGCGUGCUUUGCAAUUCAACAUUUUCUGGGAUUUGUACUGUUGCCUUCACUUUUCCUUCAAAUUGGUCCUUGAUGAUUAGACAGUCAUUUUAAGGUGUCAAUAUGCAAGUUUGAUUACUUAUACACUAAAGUGAUUGUGUUAAAUUUGUGAUGUACUCUAGAACACACUACUAAACAUGUUCAAUUUAACAUUGAAUUUGGGGUACCUUGAAUUUGAAUAUCUGUAUGUUGGACUUAA